AUGACACAAAAAUUAAAUAAUGUAAAGGAGUUUGUCAAUUCAAUCGAUACAUUUAUUUUCGAUUGUGAUGGUGUUCUUUGGCUUGGUAGCACUAUUGUAGAAAAAGCAGUUGAGACAUUGCAAUACCUUAGAGCAUUAAAAAAAGAUAUUAAAUUUGUUACAAAUAAUAGCACCAAAACAAGAGAGCAAUUCAUGGAAAAAAUUAAAUCAUAUGGUAUCGAAUGUUACUUAAACGAAAUAUAUGGAUCAUCAUUUGGAACUGCAAUUUAUUUAAAUAAAAUUGGAUUUAAUAAUAAAAAAGUAUUUAUAAUAGGUGAAUAUGGUUUACAAAAAGAAUUAAAUGACCAAAACAUACAAACUGUUAAAGAGGUUACAAGAUUAAAUGAUGGUAUAGAUAACGUGCAAAAUAUUCAAGUUGAAAGCGAUAUUGGUGCUGUUGUUGUUGGAAUGGACACUUGUUUAACUUAUCAAAAAGCAGUAUAUGCACAUAAGGCAAUCGUCGAAAACAAUGCACUUUUUAUUGCAACAAAUACAGAUACAUCAUAUCCAAUUAAAAAUGGUAAAAGUAUCCCAGGUGCAGGCAGUAUUGUGUCAAUGAUUUCAACAAGUACCGCAAAGCAACCCAUUAUUAUAGGAAAACCAGAAACAUUACUAUUAGAUUUAAUUAUUGAAAAGGAUAAAUUAAAUCGUGAAAGAACAUGUAUGAUUGGCGAUCGUUUAGAUACCGAUAUUCUAUUUGGCAUUAAUGGAAACAUCAAAACUUUAUUAGUAUUAACUGGUAUUUCAAAACUCGAAGAAAUUUCUCAACCAAACUCACCAAUUAUUCCAAACUAUUACACCGAUACUGUAUCAGAUUUACUUUUACAUAAAGAAUAA